AAAAAAAAAAAAAAAAAACUGUUUCACCAAAAACCCUCGAAGAAUAAUAUCUCAAAAACCCUGCCGCACUAAAAAUCAAAACCCUCCGUCCGUCCUCACCAUCAUCGCCACCGCGAAACCGCCACGGUCACCGGCGCCGGCAGCAUGAGCUCCUUCAAUUCCCCAACCCCAAACUUCGACAACCUCCUCCUUCAAACCCUGAUGGGUCGACUUCAAGUCCGCCCUCCUCCCCCUCCUGUUGACGAUCCUAAUUUCCAACUUCAAUCCCUCGAAGAGGCUCUCCUUAACAACUUGCUUCUGUCCGAUUCCGACUCCGACGACGACGAGUUCGGUUCUUCAUCCAAAAGCCAGCUGGCGAAGGAGGAAUCCAAGCUUGAGAAAGACAUAAUUCGCACCAUCCGCAGCGGCAAGACCGAUGAUCUGAAGCCCAAUUCCGGCCAAGCCGUGACGAUUGGCGAGCACCAUAUUUGUGUUGGAUUCCAUGAAGAUACUGAUUCGGAUUAUCGGGUUUGGGAGUGGCACGGCCAUAUAAUGCUGUUCGAUGAGGAAAAUGGAUAUACCCCUGAAUAUAUUUAUGGGAAUCACUUUGAGAGAGUUAAUAGGAAGGAUACGAAGGAUAAUAAGCAGCAGGAGAAGUAUGCGAAGUCUGUUGCUGAUCGUGAUGAUAGUGAUGAUGAUGAAAGUGGAGAUGAAAAGAAGGUCGCUACCUUGGGGUUGAGGGAGCUAAUUGACUCUAAGGAGUCUAGUAAUGGUCGUAUUCUUCAUCGAAAUAUCAAUGCGGGCUCCAGGUUCCAGUAGAUAGCUUGUCAAUGAGUUUGUGCAAAGGUCUCCAAAUAAAGAAGUCAGGCAAUCCAGGUUAAUGACUACGAUGGAGAUUGACAUUUGUGUUCUCACUUGCAAGCUUUGGUAAACUGUAUCAAGAGUCAAGACUUCAAAUGGCUGAUCCUCAGAAAAAAUAUUCAUUUGCUAGUACACUUUUAGGAUACACCACAAGUUUGCCAUCCUGAAAAAUUUCUUCCAAGAGAAGAAAGAAAACGAAAAACAGAAAACAUCGAGACUAGUAAUUUGUUAACGUUUCUUUGUUUGUAAGCAGCCAAGAAUGGCUCUUUUUGACUUAUUAUCCAAUGGGGCUGUUGCGUCUUUACAAUUUUGCAUACAUUUUACAUUUUCUUUUUUCCUGGAUUGGGAUUGACUUAAUUAGUCCGUACAUGGGUGCUAUUCCAGCACAAUAUCACUGCUUGAACUAGAUUGUGAUGUUCUACCUCCUCUUUUUUUUUUUUUUGGGCUUUAGAUACAUACAGCUGCUGU